AUGGCGGGGGACGCACUCCAGCCACCGCGCCCCCCCUUCGGCCCUUCCCCGCUGUGCCCGUCGCGUCCCUCCCCCCCGCGCGCGGCCGGGCUGGGCGGCGCCCCCGGCCCCUUCCCGUUGCGCCCCCACCCGGGCUCGCUCCCGCGUGCCCCCGCGCUUUCGUGCUGUGCCCCCCCCGCGGCCGCCCGCCUUGCCGUCGCUUCUCUGUCCCGCCUGUCCCCGUGCUUGACUUUGCCCCCCGCUCCGCCCUACCGGCGGCUCGCCGGCCGCCGCGACGCCCUCGGCCGCCGGUGCCCCCGUGUCCGCCCGUUCGAGGCUGAGCGUGCCGCGGGGCCUCCCCGUGCGCUGGGCGCGCUCCCGUGCCGGCCCCUUCCCGCCGUCGCCCCGACGUGCGCGUCCGCGGCCGCCCUCGCACGUCACGCCCUCCCCACCCUUGGUCCGCGGGGCCGCUCGCCCCCGUCGCGGGGUCGGUCCCGCUCCCGCGCCCCCCCCGGUCCUCCCCGUCGCCCCCCCCGGUCGCACCGGGCUCCCGGACUCUGGUCGAACCCCCCGCGUGCACCGCUCGCCGCUGGCCGCCGUGGGGCCCUGAGAGCGGGUGUCAGCGGGGCGCACCCCCAAGCACGGGCGGUCGGCCCUCCCGCCGCGCGCCCGCCGUUCCGCUCCUCUGCCUUCGACCGCGGCUCCCUCCCCGCGGCGCUGUACGUCGGGCGCCGGCUGCUUCGUGCGCCCGUCGGCCGCAUUCGGUCCCCCGUCGCGUGUUGCCACCCCCCUCCGCCCGCGCGGCCGCCGGCGGACGCGGUUCCGCUGGGCGGCGGGGCCUGCCGUUACGCGGCCCUGUCCACGCGACGGCAGGCCGAGUCCGCGGGCAUGCGUCCCCCCCGGGCUGUCCGGCGCCUCCCGCCCCUGCUUGCCGGCGGGACGCGGCGCUGCUCGCGUUCGCUGGCCGCGGCCAACCCCCGCUUGCCGUCUUCCCGCGGUCCACCGCUCCCCUCCACCCGCUCGUUGCCGUGCACCCUCGCGCCCCCACCCGCCCCCCCCCCGGUCCGCCGGCACCGCCGCUCCCCGCCGCGCUUCACCCCGGUCGCCCGCGGCCGCGCGGGCGAGGGCGCGGCGGCCCCGUUCGCCGGCCCCGCGCCUAUCCGCCCCCCGCGCCCGGAUCACCCGCGGGGCGCCUCGCGCGUCGGCCCCGGCAGCUUACCCGGCUGCGGCCCACGCCCACCCCGCCGACGGGCCUCACCCCCGCUCUCCUCCGGGCCGCGCCCCGUUCUGCGCGGGGCCCGUACUUCGCCCUCCGCGCGGCGGGGGGCGGCUUCCCCCCCGUCGCCCUGGCGCCCCUCGGCGCCGCGGCGUGCCUUCCGCUCCCGCGAGCGCCGACGCCGGCGCUAUCCGCGCCGCCGCUCUGGGGUCGCCCGGCGCCCCGCCGCCCCGCCUCCGCGCCCCCCCGCCUUCCACCAGGCCGACGCCCGCCCUUCCCGGGUGGCGCGCGACCCGGCGCAUUGCCCGCGCGUCGACCCUCCACCCGGGCUCGCGCGCAGCCCCGGUGCGCGCCGGGCGGUGGGUCUGCACCGCGCGCGGCCCGGCCCGCCCCCCGGCUCGGAGGCCCCGCCGCCCGGCGCCCGGCUGCCCCUCUCCCCUCCCGCGCCGCGCUUGGCUCCCCGCGCCCCCUGUUUGUCUCUCGCUGGCCCGGCCGGGCCGGCCCCCCGUGCGGUCCUCGCCCGGCUCCGACCGCAGGCGCCCGCGGGCGGGUGGUCGCGCUCGCCCCACUGCGCUGGGGCACCGCGUCGGCAUGGGCGCCAGCCCCAUGCGCGGCUGAGGAGCCCGGCACCCCUCCCGCUGCCGCCGCUGCGCAUUCGGGCCCCUGCUGGGAGACGUGGCGGCGCCCCCGUGGGUGUCGUGCGGCUGCAGGAGGCCGGGGCUCACCGCUCGCCCUCUGGGCUCCACCGCGACGCCGGCGGGAGCUCGACUCGCCGCCGGCCCCCCCCCCUGCCUCCCGGCUGCGCUGCCCCGGGGCUUCCUCGUGUCGCCGCCACCCCCGUGCCACGGGUCUGCGCUCGGGCCGCCUCGGCCGAGCGCCCACCCCCGGGUUGCCCGCUCUGCUCGUCACCGCCUCACGCGCGCUCGGGGCGCUCCCGCGCCCCGGGCUCCUGUCCCCCACGAUUGGGAAUGCCUCUCGGCCCCCUCCCGCCCACCCGCCCCGCGCGAGGGGUUUGCCGCCCCCCCCCCGAGCUGUCCGCCGCCCCACCCCCCCGUGCUCUGGCUGCCGCCGGGUGGGCGCACCCCCCGCCCGUCGCCGGGCGCCCCUGUCUCCGCAGCCCGGCUCGUAUCGUCCGCGUACCGUCCCCCCGUGGGGUGCGCGCGAGGGCUUCUCUCCUGGCUCACGGCGGCCGCACCCCUCCUUCCCCACCACCCCCUGCGGCGCCGCGGCACCCCGUGCCCUCUCGCCGGGGUCGGGCGGGCCUGCCCAGUCCUGGCCCCCCCGCUUACGGGGUCGGUUCGCCGUGUCGCGCCCCCCGCGCCACCCCGCUCACCAUCCCUGUCCUCCGCCCCACCCCUCUUCCUGCCCCCUCCGACCGGCUCACCGCCCGGUGGCCCCCGCUCGCGCGCUUCGGCUGUCGCGCGGGGUGGCUCCGCUCCCGUGUCGGCCCGGUCUUGGCUCUGUGCCCCCGAGCGCACGUGGCGCGGUUGCCCCUGCGCUCCCGCGCCGCCCGCGCGGUUGCCCCCUACCCUGGCUUCCCCCGGGGCGCCGGCCCCCCGCCCUCGUCGGCCUGCCGGCCACUCCCGCGCCUCGGCUACCGGCCCCUUCCCCAUCCUCCCCCCCCACCCCCCGCCGGCGGAACGCCUUUCUGCCCCGCCCACCCCCCUCGCGGCCCACCCCCCUGCCUGGCGCCACAACAGCCCUCCCUCGUCGCGUUUGUCCCCCGGCCUAUUCCGCCCGGUCCGCCGCGGUCGCUCCGCCGGCGCGCGCGGCUCGGGGACACUCCCCAAACCUCCGCCGCCUCCGGCUGCGUGCGGACGCUUCGCCCCUUCUUCUCGUCCGUCCCUGCCACGGCCGCUGCGUUUCCUUCCCACGCGGCCGUGCACCACCCGCGCCUGGGCUGGCCGGGGCGCGAGUCAGACGGGCACCCCCCCGGCCCGCGGGCUCUGCCCCCCGCGCCGCGGGCUUCUGCUGCCGUACCGCUUUGCCCCCCCGCCCCGGGGUGGUCGCUCCCCCCGUCCUUGCCUGUGCCACCUGUCGGGGUGCGAGAGCCUGGCGUGCCCCACCGUUGGACACCGCCUCGCUCGCGCGCGCGCAGACGCCGCGCCCCAGGCGCGGGCCCGCUCGGCUAUCAGGCGCCCGGUUUCGGCAGGUCCCGGCCCCUGCCCGGGGGGCCGCCGUCCCCGCCCGGUGAAUCGCCCGCUCCGGUUCCCCCCCCCCCCCCUGCGGCGGGGCCAGCGUGUGGUCCCGCCUACCCCCUUGCGGCCUGCCUCCGUCGGGCCCGCCCAACGGCUCCUGAGCGCCACCUCCAGCCGCCCCCUCCCGCCGGCCUCCGCGCCGCGCACCUUCCGCCGAGAUGCGCGCCUCGCCGGCCGGGCUCCCCCGCGCGUUCUCGCCUCACCGCCGCCCCGCGCCUGCGCGCCGCGUUGCCCGGGUUGGGGGCCGCUAAGGGUGCGCGCCUGCACUCGGCGGCCUCCAUCAGGACGCUCCUCCCGGCCGGGCCCACCCUUUUGCCGUUCGAGCCGACGCCCGCUGCGCCGCCGCCCCCCCCCCCUUGCUCCGUCUCGCCCCUGCUGUGGGCUUACCCCCCUCCCGUCGGGCCGUCGAUAUUCGGCUCGGGCCUGUUGGGCCUGUCCACCCUCCGCUCUCGCCCCCUGGCCCGCGCUCGUGCGCUGCGUCCCGCCCCGCGCCCGGCCGUACCUUCCCGCCCGGGCCCGCGACGCCCGCGCCGUGCCCCCCGCCCCCCCCCCGCGCUCCGCGCCGGCCGCUCGGCCCGUCGCCUCAGCCUUUGCCGUCCGGGGCUGGCGCCAUGGCUCCCUGCUACCCCCCCCGCGCCGUGCGCCCCCGCCCACCUUGCCGCCCUCGCCGCGCCCCUCUAUACCGCAGCUGCCGCUCCUCCGCCGCAGGCCUGGUGCCGGUGUGUGCCCUCCUCCCCCCCCGCCUCCUUCCGCCGUUGCCGUCCGUCUGCAGCGCUCGCCCCACCCCCACCUGUCUCUCGCUCCGCCCCCGGCUUCGCGGCUGCGCUCGCCGGCCGGCCCACGUCCCACGAGCUAACGCUCUCUUGCCCGGCGGUUCUGCCGCGGCCGGACCGUGUUGCCGGGUGGGCCGCUCGCGCCCGUUGCCGCGCGGCGUCGGCGCUGCCACGCUCCGGGCCGUACUUUUCUGCCGGCCGCCCGCGCGGCUCCCCACAUAUCCCUCCCCGCCUCCGCCCCCCUUCCCGCUUACCGUGCCGUCGCUCCGCCUCCCCGCCGUACCUGGCACCUGGCCGGUCGCGGGCGCCUGCCGUCGGCCUACUCCUGGGUCUCCCGCCCGUGGCCUCUCUUCCCCCGGGCCCCCGCCCCCCCCGCUGCGCUCUCCGCCUUCGUCGCCCCCCAACUCCCCGCGCGCACGUCGGCCCCCCCUUCGCCCCGCGCGUGCCGGGCCCCGUGGCGCCGGGCUUCGUACUCGCCGCCGUCGUUGCGGUUCCCGGCCCCGGCGUUGGUCGCUACGUCCCGCGGGCCAUGGCGGCCGCCCUCCAUCCGACGGUCGCUGCGGGCACUGUCACCCCGUUCCACUCCUGCGCCCCACGGCCUGGGGCACCUUUGCAGACGGCCUCCGGGGCCGGGCCCGCUUGCGCUGUUUCUCCGCCCGCCAGCCCACUCGGGUUUCCUCUCCCCCCCGUCGCUGGUUGUCCCCGCCCGCCCCCCUUCGCGCCUCGCUCCUUUUUCCCCCCCGCCCGUGCCUCGUCUGUCGGCCGCCCUGGCCCUCCCCCCUCUCACUCGCCCGCCCGCACCCCCUUAGCCCUGCUGGUCGUCUUGCUCCUCUGGCUCUCCCGGGCCUCUUGGGGGGGCGGCUCCCCCCCCUCCGCGGCGCAGGCCUCCGGUUUCCCCCCUCGCCCAGGCCCCCCCCGCGCCCGCCUGCCGGGUCGCCUCCACACCCUCACCGCCCCCCCACCCCGCCCUCCCCCGCUGUCUCGAGGCGCGCCCCCCCCUGCCGGCCCCCGGAUCCCGCGCACCUCCGCUCAGCCCCUCCCCUUUAACGCCUGGCGGCCGGGCCGCUCGGGCCAGCACGCCCGUUCGCUUCGCGCCCCUACCUGCCCCGCCGCUCGCCUGCGCUGCGCCCACACGCUGGAGCGUUGCUCUGCGCCCGUGUGCGUCCCUGUCGCGUCCUGGAGUCUCUGCUUACCCCGUCCCUCCGGCCCGCCCGCCCGGCUGCGCGACUCUGCCGCCUUUCACCCCCUCCCGCCGCCUUCCCGCCCGCUCAGUUUCUCUCGUCGGCCGCUCUCCCCCUUCCCACCUUGCGCGCCGGGCCUGCCCCCUCCCCACCCGCGCCGGCCUCCUCGCUCCGGCCCCGCUUCUCACCGCUCCCAUCCUUGUCGCGGGCCCCCCCGUGUCCGCUCGCUCGCCUGCGCCUCCCCUCUGGUCUGGCUCGCGUGCGGCGCGCCCGCUCCGCCGCCCGUCCGCCCGCCCCCGGGCGCCCCGGAUACCUCUUGCGCCCUCCGUCCUGCCCCCGCCCGCCCCCCCCCGUCCUAG